AUGGCAAGCCAUGGCGUUCGGCGAUUUAAGCCCGUGGAGAAGACUCCCGAAGAACGACAACAGGAGCUGCAGAAGAUAGAUGACUACAAAUCUCUAGAACAAGAGGUCUCGGAAAAGAUGGCCGCGCAAGAUUACACCGCCGACACAUUGAAGAAGAUCUCCGAGCUUUUGAACCGGAAUCCAGAGUACUACACUAUCUGGAACCACCGGCGGCAGGUCAUGAGGCAUCAGUUCUCAGAAGCUGGAGAUAGCACUGAUGAGACCACGACCCAGCCAGCUCUCCAGCUUAUCAAGAACGACUUAAUGUUUCUCAUCCCACUUCUGCGCAGCUUUCCCAAAUGCUACUGGAUUUGGAACUAUCGACUUUGGCUUCUCGACGAGGCUCGGCGGCUCCUCGCAUUGCCCGAAGCUCGGCAACUCUGGCAAGAGGAAUUUUUUCUGGUCGGAAAGAUGUUGACUUUGGACAGUCGCAAUUUUCAUGGAUGGGGAUACCGUCGCUUGGUCGUGGAGACCUUGAAACGGCUCGGAACCCCGGAGGAGGCAAUGGGUAUGACCCAAAAAGAGUUCGAGUAUGCAAAGAAGAUGAUUGGUGCCAAUCUCUCAAACUUUUCCGCUUGGCAUUACCGCACCAAGCUGAUCCAGCGAUUGUUGGACGAACAACGCGCGACUGAUGACGAACGAAAGACGAUGCUGGACGAAGAGUUAUCUCUCAUCCACCAAGCCUUGAUUGAUCCUUAUGACCAGUCGGUGUGGUUCUAUCACCAGAACUUGCUGUCUGUAUUUGACCCGGACACUGCAGACCGGACCAUGGCUCCAAACCUGACCUCGACUGAACGACUUGCUUACCUCCGCCAGGAGAUUGAAAACAUCCAAGAGAUUAUUGAUGGGGCUGAAGAUUGCAAGUAUAUCUACCAGGCCCUGAUUGAGUGUACAGUGCUGGUAUCCAAGGUGGCAGGCAGCUUAUCGUCAGAGGACCGAGACCGAAUUUUGAGCUGGCUCUCAGAAUUGAAGCAGCUGGAUCCACUACGACAACGCCGAUGGCUGGAUUUUGAGCAAACCCUGUAA